AUGAUUUAAGAAGUCAGUGCAGCGACAUAAAAUGAUGAGGGAGCCACUCCUUGAUCGCAAAUCGGGUGCUCAACAGCCAUCUUUUCCGUCGUUCCUCACCAAAUAUUUGUACUCGGGCCACUUCUUGGCCAGAUGGGGUGCCAGGUUACACUUUUCGUUUUGCUUCAACUUUGGCAAUGGUUCGGAUUCGCCCAUCAUAAAGAACACUUGCUAAUAAUGCGAAAGAGAACAUGUUCUUCAUGGAGCACAGUUCAGCAUAGUACUCUUCAUACAAUUUAAUUUUGAGAUGUUUUUAAAUUUGGGAAGCUUUUCCUUUUUAUUCUUCCAUUUUUUCUUCUCAUUGCUUAGAAAGGCUGAUUUGCUAUUAUCACUUCAACAUCAUAGUUUUUGAAUUGAGAAGAGAGUUUCAACUGCAUAAUUCAAUUAUCUCAGCCAAAAAGUAAUUUCUUUCCCUUCCAUGGCCAACAAUUGGAAAUGAGUCGCAAACUGAUGUUUACUAGUUCUAUACAGCAAAAAAGGCAGUUGUUCUAGUAACUGCUGUACGGGAUGGAUUUACUAGCCCCAAUUUAUCAGGUAAAAAAGAAAAUGGAAAAAAUAAAUAGCAAAAGGAAAAGCUUGUGCCUUUCAGCAGUAUGCCAGAUGCAUAUAGCAGGAUCAUGUAAAAGAGAUGUGGGAAUUUUCGGUAGGUUUGUACAUGAUCAGUAUUUGGCCAGACUCUUUGCUAUUGGCUGCUGUCUAUGGAGUGGUAGAAUCUGGCUCCAUAUUCUUGCUUGGUUCAACCAUUGGAGAGUGGGUAGAUAAGUUGAGUUAUGUCAAGGUUUUACAGCUCUGGCUCAUGACACAAAACUUCUCAUUUGUGGUGGCCGGAGCCACAGUCUUUGGUAUGCUGGCCUAUUCAGAUCUGAAAUCAACAAAUCCUGGGUUGUUCAUCGUGCUAAUCGUCGUGACCAAUCUUUCGGGCGCUAUGGGCAUGCUUUCUACUUUGGCUGGAACAAUUUUGAUUGAAAGAGAAUGGGUGGUGGUGAUGUCAGAAGGCCAACCUCCAGGACUUCUGACCCAGAUGAACUCGGUCAUCAGAAGGAUCGAUCUGAUCAGCAAAUUAUUUGCUCCAGUUGUUUCCGGCUUCAUAAUCAGCUUUAUUUCACUAAAAGUAUCUGCUAUGACUUUAGCCAUAUUGAACGCAACAUGUGUUUGGCUGGAGUACUGGUUUUUCAUGUCCGUAUAUAAGGGUAUUCCGGCUCUUGUUGAGAGAAACCUGAGAAGAACCUUGAGGCCUUCUCCGGUUGAUCUGUUAGAGAGCUCACUAAUUCAAAAUGGUGAUCCAGAGUCAGCAGAGAGCAGCCAAAAGCAUAAUUUCAGGGAGAAAAUUUCAAAAAUUCCUUUUGUUUGCGCUUGGAAAGUGUACCUAGAGCAAGAAGUUGUGAUUCCUGGAGUAUCCCUAGCUUUGUUGUAUUUUACAGUCCUCAGCUUCGGAAGUUUGAUGACCGCUACAUUGGAGUGGGAAGGUGUACCAGCAUUUGUAAUCGGAAUAGCACGCGGCAUAAGUGCAACAAUUGGCAUUGCAGCCACUCUGGUUUAUCCAGUCUUACAAUCCCGCAUUUCUACACUAAGAACAGGGCUCUGGUCUUGUUGGUCCCAACAGUGGAUCUUCCUGCUUGUAUGUGUCGGCUCGAUAUGGGUUCAAAAUGGCUUAGCAGCUGCCUACGUGCUGAUGGGAGGAGUGGCAGCAUCUCGACUGGGACUGUGGAUGUUCGAUUUAGCUGUUAUUCAACAAAUGCAGGACGAGGUACCAGAAUCCGACCGAUGCGUCGUUGGAGGCGUUCAGAACUCACUCCAGUCCUUUCUGGAUUUGAUGGCUUAUGUUAUGGGAAUAUUCAUCUCGAAUCCACAGGACUUCUGGAAGCUGAUGCUGUUAUCUUUUCUAGCGGUUACGCUGUCGGCGAUUCUGUAUACUUCGCAUGUUUAUCGCGUGCGCAAGCAUCUCAUUCAUUUUGAAAAGAUCACUCAGCUGGGCAGUCGGUUGAUGAGACGACCUUCGGAAAGUUGUCUGAGUUAAAGCACGUGAGCAAAUUUUUAUAUAUUCUGUGCUGUUUUAGGAUAAUCUGCAAGAACCUAUAGAGCUAGAUCACAGGUAAGAAUCCUCUGUAGUUAGAUAAAUAUGGCAACUUCAACUAUCAAGAUUUUAAUAAGAUUGAGAGAUGAAAACUGCAACUCUAUUUUAGGAUGUGUUUAAAACACGAAAAUGCUGCUUCUGCAUUUGCCAAAUCCUCGUGCUAAGUUAGGGUGUGAAUGAUAACCAUUCUAAUCAUAAAUUGAUUUAUGGAACAUAACCUAUUUCUAUUUGUGGAUGAGUUUUUAAGGAAAAAUACAUGUUUGAUAAUGAUGGCCAAAAAUUGAUUUAUAGAACAAAAAUAGAUUAUUCUAUUUCUAUUUCUAGAUAAGUUUCUAAGAAAAAAACAUGUUUGAUAACGACACAAAAUUUUCCUCUCCUAAGCACUGGCAAACGGUGGAUGGCGGACGAUGGGUGGCAGGCACGCAGUGAGCAGUGACCGGGUGGCAAACAGCAAGAGAUGGCGGGUGGGUGACCAACUAGUAGCAAUGACGAGCGAUGAGAAGAAUUUUUAUUUAUCAUUUCUGUUCCAAAAAUAGAUAAGGAGAAAAUUUUUACUUCUUAUUUCUAUUUUAAACCAAUUUCUACACAAAAAAUUUGUUCCAGAACUAGAAAGAUGACAUUGGGAUAUCAAAAGAAUUUCUGUUCUAGA